AAACAUUAUAUGGACCAAGCAGACUGAAUAAUGUCACCAAUAUAAAAGAUAAGAGGUCAUUUAACAGAGAAGUUAAUUUAGGAAAGUAUGAAGAAAUACAAGAUGGAAAAAAGACAAUUGAUACUGUAACUUUGAGAACAAAAUCUAAUGACAGUUCAUUGUUAGAUAAUAUUAAACUUCAAAAAUGCUAG